UGAUGAGCAGGCAACUUGAGAAAUAUCCAAAGGUUGAGCGGUUUUGCGCGCCAUAAAGGCAGUUCGAGCUCUUCCAGGCAUUCUUCAGUGGCCGACCCGUGCUUAUGUACUGUAGCGCGUCAAUGACUCGAUGAGUAAACCUCCCCGCAAAGAACCCCGCCUAGAGCGAUAGAGGAGCAAAGAGCAAAGAGCAAAUGCAAACGAUCACGAUAAAGAAGACUCAAGCAUACUUGCAAAAGCACUCACAAAAACCAUAAUUCAAAAUGCUUACCAGUCCACUGAAUUUACCCAAAUGGCUCGAGGAGAAUUCCCACCUCUUGAAGCCCCCGAUCAACAACUACUGCGUUUAUAACAAGGAUGUUACGGUUAUGAUCGUGGGAGGCCCAAAUGCACGCACCGAUUAUCACAUCAACGAAACCGCCGAGUGGUUCUACCAGUACAAAGGCGCUAUGAUGUUGAAAGUAGUCGACGAGGGCGAAUUCAAAGACAUUAUCAUCCGCGAAGGGGACAUGUUCCUCCUGCCUCCCAACACACCUCAUAACCCUGUCCGGUUCGCGAAUACCGUGGGUAUCGUGCUAGAGCAGGCCCGGCCCAAGGAUUCCUUGGAUCGUCUGCGUUGGUACUGUACGAACUGUCGUCAGGUGGUAGACGAGGCUGCGUUCCACUGUACGGACUUGGGGACGCAGAUCAAAGAGGCUGUGAAUGCAUUCAAGGACAGUGAGGAGAGGAGAAAGUGUAAGCAUUGUGGAGCUAUGGCUGAGGCUGCCCCGAAGCCUGGUGAGAUAAAGGACCCGAACUUAGAAUGA